AUUUAUCUUCAGUUAACACUGCGGUUAAAACUGGGGUUAACCCCCACUUUUAGAACAUCCAGGCAUAAUCCCACAGAUCAGCUUUACACCAUGGCUCCUUGGCCAAGCACAGACAUCAAAUGUUUGGCAGAAUUACUAUUGCAGCAACACCAGUAGUGUCCUGUCAGAAUAUGCAUCUUAAUGCCUACAUUUUCUUGACUUUUACAGAAAUAAAAUCAGCUUCCAUAAGAUACGCAGGGUACAGACAGUUAUUACUUGGGCCCAGGAGGAUGGCAGGACUUCGGGAACUGGAGACAGAUGCCAGUGAUUUGCCCCCAUGGCUAAUGCUGCUACUGGAUGAGAGCACUUCCCAUGAAACUAUUCCACAGAAACAAAAGAAUAAAACUGAUAUACUACAACGAGUGAAGACAGAGUUUUUGGAAGUAAAACAUUCUACAAAUAACCUUAUUGAGACUGGUAUCAUUGAGAAAAGAAAAAACCGUGAAGUCAGAAUUAAAACUCUACUUAAUGCUUUAAUGGCAUCAAAAAAUAAGACUAGUCUGUCUUUACUUCUGUUACAAUUAAAGCAUGAACUGAGAGAGCCCAAGUCUUGCAGCGUCUUUUGGUUAGCAAUGCUGAAGAAAGAAGCUACUGAACUGGUCGGUGAAACAGAUCAAAGACUAAGUGCCACAUUAGAGAAACUCAGCCAGUUUCACACCUUUUCUAGCCAAGCUGUGCCCUAUUCCAAGGAGAAAAUGUGCCUGCUUACACUUUCACUUCCUUCUGAUAAGCUUCUCCGGCCUGCAGUCCAGGAUGCCCUAUUAUUUCUGACUGAAAAUGUCAUCCAGCUGCUGCCUAGGCACCUAAAGCACUGGUACCAAUAUCGGAAGCUUCCAUUCUCUUCUUAUAGUUAAAUCACUUGAAUAUGGUAGCAUCUUGCUGUCACUUACAUCUCAUUUUCAGGGUGACACUAAUGUGGAAAUGUAUUGUGUUGUUCCAUGUGUGUUAUUUAAAAAGAAUAACCUGAAGCAAGGUAACUUUGUCUUAA